AUUGUAGGAGGAAGACGUGCCUAUCCAGGUGAAAUCCCAUAUCAGGUUUCUCUGCAAAUUGGAAAUAACUUUCAUUUAUGCGGUGGAGUUAUAAUUGACAAGUAUUACGUGCUAACCGCUGCUCACUGUGUAUUUGAUGCAUACCCUUCGGAGUUUUUGGUCAUUGCGGGAACAACAGAUCUACGAAAACCGCAUUCAAGGCAUCUGGUUCAGUCUAUUUUCGUACACGAAGGGUUCGGUACAUCUUUCACCGAUGAUAUCGCUUUACUUAGGCUUCAAAAGCCAUUAAAAUUUUCUUCUCGGAUAUGUCCUGUCGAUUUACCG